AUGACCGGAGAGCCGGACUCAGUUGGUCCAGAAGCAAGAAAAGGCCCUGAUGCCACUGAGGCUGGCAGGAGAAGGGAACUGUGGGAAGGAACCGUGCGGAAGUGCCUGGGAGAGGAUUUUCCCCCUUCAGAUGUGCAGCGCCAGCAAUUCAGACACUUCCGCUACCAGGAAGUGGAAGGGCCCCGCGAGACUUGCAACCGACUCCACCAUCUUUGCCACCAGUGGCUGAAGCCGGAAAGGUGCAGGAAAAGCUCAUGCAGAUUUGUCACCAUGGAGCAGCUUUUCCAGGCUCUGGUGACCUUUUCGGAGGUGUCUGUUCAUUUUAGUGAGGAAGAGUGGGCUCUGCUGGAUCCGGACCAAAGAAGCCUUUACACGGAAGUCAUGGAGGACAAUUAUCAGAUUGUAGCCUCUCUGGUGUUUGAUAUGCACUGGAGAAAACACAGAAGGGAGAAACCAUAUAAAUAUGUGGACUGUGGAAAGAACUUUUCUCAAAGUACAAACCUUACUGCCCAUCAAUAUAUCCAUACAGGGGAGAAACCAUAUAAAUGUGCAGACUGUGGAAAGAGCUUUGCUUGGAACAAAGACUUUACAGACCAUCUACGUAUCCAUACUGGGGAGAAACCAUAUAAAUGUGCAGACUGUGGAAAGAGCUUUGCUCAGAGUACGCACCUUAUUGUCCAUCGACGUGUCCAUACCGGGGAGAAACCAUAUAAAUGUGUAGACUGUGGAAAGAGCUUUGCUCAGAAAAAAGACUUUACUGACCAUCUACGUAUCCAUACAGAGGAGAAACCAUAUGAAUGUGCGGACUGUGGAAAGAGCUUUGCUCAGAAAGCACAGCUUACUGUCCAUCGACGCAUCCAUACAGGGGAAAAACCAAAUAACUGUGCAGACUGCGGAAAGAGCUUUGUUUGGAGUAAAGACCUUACUGUCCAUCAACGUAUCCAUACUGGGGAGAAACCAUAUAAAUGUGUGGACUGUGAAAAGGACUUUUCUCAGACUGCACAACUUACUGUCCAUCAACGUAUCCAUUCAGGGGAGAAACCAUAUAAAUGUGUAGUCUGUGGGAAAAGCUUUGCUCGGAAGAAAGACUUUACAGACCAUCUACGGAUCCAUACGGGGGAGAAACCAUACGAAUGUACGGACUGUGGAAAGAGCUUUACUCAGAGUGUGCACCUUAUUGUCCAUCGACGUAUCCAUAAUGAGGAGAAACCAUAUAAGUGUGUAGACUGUGGAAAGAGCUUUGUUCGGAAAAAUGACCUUAUUGUCCAUCGACGUAUCCAUACCGGGGAGAAACCAUAUAAAUGUGUGGAUUGUGGAAAG